UCGCAUAAGUGUGUUACGAGCACCGCGAGAAAGGGUACGGGUCUCGCGAAAACCGCGGAGUUGUACCGAGUUGCGUAACCGUAACAGGGAAAUCGUCUCCUCGGUGGUUGGAGGAAUUCUUGGUUCUUGGUUCUUCGGAUUUUCUGUUUAGUCGCGUUCGAAGAGUUCUAGCGGGCAGUUAUUAUGGUCAGUGGUUUCUGAACUAUCUGGGUCAAGCAUAAUUUUAGAAUGUCACUGAAGAAAGAAUCUCUGUCAGACGUUCAGUUGCACUUAGCAGCAUUAAAUGGCGACUUUCCAUUACUUAGAAGGAUACUGGACAGUGGCAAAGUCCAUGUGGAUUCAAGGGAUAAGGAAGGCACGACACCUCUGAUCCUGGCCGCCGCCAACGGACACUACGAGUGCGUCAAGGAGCUGCUCGAGCAAGGGGCCGAUCCCACGACGAAGAGGAUAACUGGAACUACGCCGCUGUUCUUCGCUGCCCAAGGUGGAUUUCUGGACAUAGUCCAAUUCCUUUUGGACAAUGGGGCACCUGUGGAUUCUUCAAGCGUGGAUGGGGGCAGCCCGUUGUUUGUUGCGUGUCAAUGCGGUCACAUGGACGUCGUUAAAGAGUUAGUGAAAAGGGGUGCUAAAGUUAACACCCACAUGAAGGAUAAGGCUACGCCUUUGUUCAUUGCCGCCCAAAAUGGACAUUACAAGGUCUUGGUCUACUUGUUGGCGCAGGGAGCCGAGCCAGAUUCGAGACGGACAGACGGAGCGACUCCUCUAUGGAUAGCCGCGCAAAUGGGGCACGAUCAUAUAGUCGCCCAACUUCUAAAGGCUGGGGCAUUCGUCGACGCUGCCAGACACGAUGGAGCUACUCCACUUUUUAAAGCUUCUCACAAGGGUCACUCUGCAGUUGUAGGUGAAUUGCUCAAAUAUAAACCAUCCCUAGACAUUCUCCCUAAUGGCGAAAGUGCCCUUCAUGCCGCCGCUUUCUCUGGUAGCCUUCCAGUUUGCAAGCAACUCAUCGCAGGUGGUGCAAAUCCGAGCCUUAAAAACCAAGAGGGUUUCACACCCGCCGAAGUUGCAGACAGGCACAGGCACAAUAUGGUUAACGAUUAUUUGAGAAACUGUCUCAAUCGAGCUUGAAAGUAAUUUUGAGAUGUACAGAAUGACUGUUAAACAAGACUUAUGUUGUGCCUUCCAAGAAAAUGUGCUCAAAAAAUGUAUAAUCAGUAUUUCAAGAUGGAUUUAAAAAAAAUUGAAAUACAUUCUCGAUUUUUUCUGGAAAAAAUUUGAAUCUCUUCGCUCAAAUUAUUUUUCUCUGCCAGAUAUUAAUACACGGGGUGGUGCAAAAGAAUCAGAUUAUUUAAGAAUUAUUAUUUAAGUAUAUCAGUUCUGACGAAUUCACUGAAUAUUUUUAGUUUAGUUAAGGGUCAUGUCCACAUAUCCGAUGCCAAAAUUUGUUUAAAUCAUGUUUGAACUACUAGUAAAAAUGUUUUGUAGGCAAGUUAGGAUAAAGUAGGGAUAUGGAAAAUCAUGUAAAUAAAUUGUUAUAAUGUGAAGUAUUUAUUAUGUUUGUACUUAAAUGUUAUCAUUGAUAGUAUUACCUUUUUUGUUG